GUGACACACUGAGUUGUAAGAGGGGGAGAGAGAGCGAGAAAACAACUUGCCACAACCCUCACUUUGAAUUUUGAUACUUGGUCCGUUAUAUAGCAUCGAAAACCCCACAAAUCUCAACAGCCCUUUCUCAUCUUUUCUCUCUCUCACUUUCUACCUGUAACUGCUCAAGUUUCACAGACAAAAAAGAGAGUGAUGAGUAACUGGGGAAGAAUGGAAAAUGAGCAAUAAUAGUAUAUUUGAUUUGAGUAACGAAAGCAUAGUGAGAUCCAGCUCUCUCUCGUGAUCUCAUCUAAUCCACCCCAACUUAUACUAUACCCCCUAUUUCCGCCUUUAACGCCUCGGUUACUCCAUCCCUCCUUACUAUUUUACUCUUUUUUUUUCCUCCUUUUCACAAAAACCAACUUCAUCUCUCUCUCUCUCUCUUUCUUUCUUCGCCAUAUUCGAAUUGAGCUGUUGUUUGAGAUUGAUCCCAAGACUAGCAUUUGCAUUUGCAUUUGCUUGUUUGCUUUUCAGAUGUAUAUCUAUUUUCAAUGUUCAAAAAGCCUCAUAUUCUGAAUAGUAUAUACUAUUAAGCCUCUGUUUCUCUUCUACUCUGUUUUCGUGGAUAAAUUUUGUCACAAGAGAUGAGUGCUUAGUUCUUGACAUUGACCUCAAUUUGUCAUUCAAUUUCUAAUAGGAUAUUUCUUCUAAGUGGGUAUUUUGCUUGGAGAUUGAGGUUGGGAAUUCGAGAAUGUUGACUUGUAUAGCUUGUUCGAAGCAGCUCAAUACUGGAUCUCUGCGUGAACCAGAGGAAGAUGAUACGGCUGCAACACCCAGUACAAAGCAAGCUAUUAAAGCCCUUACUGCUCAGAUCAAGGAUAUGGCAGUUAAAGCUUCAGGAGCGUAUAAAAACUGUAAGCCAUGUUCUGGCGGUUCAAAUCAUAACCAGAACCCUAACUAUGCUGAUUCUGAAACUGGGUCUGUGUCUGGAAGAUUUCAUUACUCGUAUAAAAGGGCUGGGAGUUCAAAUUCGACACCAAGGGUGUGGGGUAAGGAAAUGAAAGGGAGAUUGAAAGUUCUGUCUAGUGGUGAAAGUACGCCGGUAUCAGUAAGUGGCCGGAGUGAAUCGGUCGUCGGUAUGGAAGAUGACGAGUCCAAAGAAUGGGUUGCUCAGGUGGAACCCGGUGUUCUAAUCACGUUUGUUUCUCUACCUGAGGGUGGAAACGAUCUGAAACGAAUUCGAUUCAGCCGUGAGCUAUUUAACAAGUGGCAAGCUCAACGUUGGUGGGCUGAGAAUUAUGACAAGGUCAUGGAACUAUACAAUGUUCGUAGGUUCAAUCGACAAGCAGUACCAUUGCCAAUCCCUCCGAGGUCUGAAGAUGAGAACUUAAAGCUUGAAUAUGCUGAGAGUAGUCCGGUAACACCUCCACUAACCAAAGAGCGUCUCCCUAGCCACUUUCAUCGUUCAACAGGGGUGGACCACUUGUCAUCAGGCUGUCUUGAAAGAGAUCCAUCACAAUCUCAUCAUUAUUAUGAUGCUGGUGGUCUCACUUCGACCCCUAAGCUCUCCAACAUCAGUGCGACAAAAAGUGAGACACCAUCAAUGGACGCAUCUGCACGGACUAGCUCUUCAAGGGAGGCUGAUCGCUCAGGAGAACUGUCUGUUAGCAAUGCCAGUGACGUUGAGACCGAAUGGGUUGAAGAAGACGAGCCUGGAGUCUAUAUCACGAUUCGAACGUUGCCUAGUGGUACUCGAGAGCUUAGAAGAGUCAGGUUCAGUCGCGAAAGAUUUGGAGAAAUGCAUGCGAGGUUGUGGUGGGAAGAGAACAGAGCCAGGAUCCAAGAACAGUACUUGUGAUUUAGGACAUAAUUUGGAGUUGUUAAAAUUAAAUUCAUCCAUAAUUGGUAUAUUAGUGCUCCUUUAUUUAGUAUCAAUCUGGGCUACUCUUUGUUUUCUUUCUCUUAAACUAGUACUUGGGUUUUUUUUCCUGGGUGAAAAGGUUUAUUUGAGGUUGUAAUUGAUUUGUAGUGAUUGUUGAUGAAGAAAUAUAGACAAAUAUUGCAAUUCACAUGAAACGUAGCUCAUGUUUUUAUAUAUGUAGCUACUUUGCCAUGA